CUGUUAACUUAACGAAGCGAACGAGUAGAGAGACAGAGAGAGAGAGAGAGAGAGAGAAUGAGUUACCUGCUGAAUACACUGACGAAGAAGCGAGAGGUGGAUUCCAUAAUCAAAGACACCAUCGACAAGGUUCUCGUCCUCCGAUUUGGCCGUGCUUCUGAUUCUGUUUGUCUCCUUCUUGACGACGUCCUAUCUAAAUCAGCACGCGAGGUUUCUAAGUUCGCAACCAUCGCACUUGUUGAUAUAGAUUCGGAGGACGUUCAAGUUUACGUCAAUUAUUUCGAUAUUACAUUGAUUCCUUCUACAAUUUUCUUCUUCAAUGCUCAUCACAUGAAGAUGGAUUCUGGGACUGCAGAUCACACUAAAUGGGUUGGCGCAUUUCACCAAAAGCAGGACUUCAUUGAUGUUGUGGAGGCAAUAUUUAGGGGAGCAAUGAAAGGGAAGCUGAUAGUGAAUUGUCCUUUGCCCCCAGAAAGAAUACCUAAAUAUCAGUUAUUAUAUAAGGAUGUCUGAGAGCCUUUUGGGCGUCAGCAUCAGGCAUUUGUUGCUUGAGCAAGUAGUUCUACGUAGGAGCCCCAUGGCCUUCCAAGGUAUUCUUGGCCUAAGGUAGAUUUUCUUUGGCCAUUUGAUUUAUAUGCAAGCAUUGCAUAAAUCCUUGGAGUUGGGUGUAGGUAUGAAGACUUUAAGGGGGACUUUAAUUCUCAAUUACGAGGUGAAUUUAUGCUUGCCAUUGUUAAGGAGCGGUCUCUUACAUAAAAUAAACCCGGAGUAUAUGGUACUUUAGGGUUAAUUUAACUGGGGAGUGUGUAAUCACCAGGGGAAAAAAAAGGCGUUGAAUUUAGUGGUGUGUUAUAACUUUGCAAGACUCAUCUCGGGGAAUACGGCUCAUUUUGUGUUAUAGGAUGCAGGGCAAGUGAAUUCUUUCAAUUGGUUUUCCACUCUUUUUUUAUUUUUAUUUUUUUAUUUUUUUUAUAUGUGUGUGUGUGUGUGUGUGUGUGUGUGUGUGUGUGUAUGUAUAUAUACAUAAACACUUUCAAUUUUGUGGUGGUGAUUCAUUGAGGUCUAUCAUGCAUGAUGCAAUUUAAUAUAAUUUGGGUUUAACUUUGAUUUUUGCCCCUGGCCUUGGUCAAGGUGAAGGUGAAGCUGGAAGGGGAUUCUCCAGCUUAUAAAGCCAGUGCAUAGAAAUAGAACAAUUUAAGCGCCCAACAAACCGUUGGGGCAUUAAUCAGAGGAUGUACCUAUUAAACGAUGCACUUGACCUGGAUAUUAGCUCUAACUGACAAGUUGUGUAAGAAUUAUACAUGAAUGAGAACUUUUAUGUUAA